ACUGUUGUACUCUUCCAUGCACUUGUUUCAGCCCAUCCAUUAGAAACUGUGGACAUCCUGUUUUCAAGAUCAAAGAGGGAAUCAUCAACAGAUUUCCGCAAGUAUGAAAUCUUGAAAAAUAACUACUCUAUUAUCACCCUUGGAAAAGAAGAAGAUGGAAAGAAAUUCUUUUGUAAGGAAAAUGCUAUUUACACAGCUACCUGCAGGGAGCGUUUCUCUUUUAGUUAUAUAAACAGCACCAAUAUGGCCUUCCAAAUAAGAAAUAUAAUGUCUCAAGAUGCUGGCCAAUAUUCCUGUCAAGCAUAUUUCACUGGGGCUAACAAAGAGAACGACCCACAAUAUGAACAUGUCUAUUUGAUAGUACAAGGUAAAGUAUGUACAUUUACCUAUUUAUAA